UACUUUAUAACUCAUAUUUAUUUUCAAACUAAUUUAUAAUUCUAACCUAAAAAUUCAAAGACGUAGAAAAUUAAAUUAUUUAACUUCAAGAAAAUAAAAACUGUUUGUUUAUUCAUUCCAUGUUUUUUUUUAUCUAAUUUAAAAAAUUAUAAUCAACAAUGAGUAAUAUUUAUAUUUUAGAACCUCCGUCUACUGGCAAAGUACUUUUGAAAACGAGUGUCGGCGAUGUCGACAUCGAACUCUGGACCAAAGAGGCACCGAAAGCCUGCAGGAAUUUUAUCCAACUUUGUAUGGAAGGAUAUUACAAUGGGACAAUUUUCCACCGACUUGUCAAAGGUUUUAUUGUCCAAGGAGGCGACCCUACUGGUACUGGUGAGGGUGGCGAAAGUAUUUACGGUCAUCCAUUCAAAGAUGAGUUUCAUACCCGGCUACGGUUCUGUCGCCGCGGGUUGGUCGCGAUGGCCAACGCUGGCAAAGAUGACAAUGGCUCGCAAUUUUUUAUUACACUUGGAGCAACACCGGAGUUACAAAAUAAACAUACGAUAUUUGGUAAAGUUACUGGGGAAACGAUUUAUAAUAUUUUGAAAUUAGAAGAAGCUGAAGUCGAUCACGAUGACAGGCCGACUUACCCACAAAAAAUAAUUAAAAGUGAAGUUUUAUUGAAUCCAUUUAAAGAUAUUGUACCUAGAGUAUUGAAAACUGUUGAAGAUAAAACACCCAAAGAAUCUAAACCCAAAGUAUCUGGUGUCAAGAAUUUUAAAUUACUAUCUUUUGGCGAAGAAGCUGAAGAAGAUGAAGAAGAAUUCACUGUUUUAAAUAAACAAUUCGGUGGAAAAAGUAAAUCCGCUCAUGACCAUUUGGAUGAUCCGAAGCUGAGUUCUUCUGUUACGGUCGAACCAGCAGGACCGCCGAGUAAAAAGAAGAAAGAAGAUCGCAGCAGCGAUUGGGAGAGUAGUGACGGUGAAGUUAAUGAAGAAGAUCGUACUAAAGCUAAAGAGAAAGCCCAAGAAAUGAAAAAGAGGAUCAUAGAAAAGUUAAAGGAAAAAAAAGAAGAAAAAAAAUUGAGUGAUAAAAAGAAGAAAGAAAUAAGUUAUGAAGAAGCUGAUAAAGAGUCCAGUGAAGAAGAAUAUUAUCUAGGGAAAGAACGUUUUGAUGAACGUAAAAAACAAGCAGAUGCUAUCAAAAAAGAAAUAAGAGACUUAAAACGCGGAGUGCAGCGUGAAAAAAAAGAUAAAGAGACUAAAGAGCAAGAAAAGUUAGCCGAGGAAGUAAAGAAAGCGAACAAAGGAAAAUUAAUUGAAGAAUUUGUUGAAAUUCCAAAGUACAAAGAAGCUUCGAAAAAAAUUUCAUUGAAAGGAGCGUCGCGGGACAGUUUUACCGUUCAAAUGUUGAACAAAUUCCGUAAUAAGUUACAUACUGUCAAGGAAUCGACAUCCGAUGGUAGCACUAGUGAUAGCAAAACGACCAAACCCUCUAGAGUUGACGAUGACGAUGAUGAUGAUGAGUCAUGGAUGACCCAGACCUUGGUCUGCGAGGACAAGAAUCCGACUCUAGCCAAAGACGCCAACACCAAAAAUGACGACUGGUUUGAAAUUUACGACCCGCGUAACCCGUUGAACAAACGCAGAAGAGGUGAAAAUUCCGAUGGGAAAAAGAGCCAAGGGCAUGAAGAUUCACGACCCCGGGACUGGGACCCGAAGAAAACGGAAUGUCGGGGUCCGUUGAAAAUCGCACGUUUAUGUAUCUUAGGUAUUUUUCUACCCGCGGUUUUGGUCGCGGGUCCGAUUUAUUUACGUUACCGCGUGUAUUCUGAACAAUUGUACCCGCUUGCUGCAUCCGAUCAGCGGUUGAUUGACGCACGUGUCUCGACUACUUGGUGUCAGAGACAAGUUGUUAAAGUAAAUACGACAUUCAAUGCAUAUUUGAUUAACGGUGAACCCAAGAUCAAAGUUGAAACGACACCAGUCUCUAUGACGAGACAUUUGGUAUUGGAAGAUGAUAUGAAAGAAUACUGGGGCUUUUAUCUAUUGCGUGGGAGCAGUGUCACUGUUUCUACUUGUGUAAGAUGGCCCGGAGCAUCACUGACAAUAAUUCGCGGUCAUAAACACUUACAUGAGUGCGCAUUUAUCGGUGACAAUAGUAGUGAAGAGUUGGAAGAGUUAUUAGAGAUAGCUGAGGAAAAAGGAAUAUUAAACGGCACCGGCUUAUCGCAGCUUAAAAAAGAUGCUCGGAGUAAUUUACCAAAAAAUAUGAAACGCGUGCAGCCGGGGGUCCAGUUCCAUCACCAAGAAAAUACACUAUACAGUGCGACGAAUAACGCAAAUCAUUACAACAGUCAUGAACUCGACGCUCCGGCGAUGCGGGAAAUUUUGAAAAAUCUUUUUGCCAAAACUUUGGAGACCAAAAAUAAACAGAAGUCUAAUCCGCAUCAUCACUACGAAGGAGUUUAUAGAGAUAAUGUUAAUAUUGACAGACCUCCAGUUAGUUUUGACAAUUUUUCGUGGAUUUCCGAGCAACUAAAGUCUUUGGAGAAGAUAACAGAGAGACCAGAGUUGGAAAAUUUUGAAACUACGACGGAGUUACUGGAAACCGCAGAUGAAUUGAUAGAGAAAAAUGUAAAUAAAGUAAAUGGUGAAGAGCAAACUUCGAUGGAAGUUUUUAAAGACAUUUUAGAAAAAAUAAAUUCACUAGGUGACCGCGGGAAAAGUAUCAUUGGCAAACUGAUAACGACAUUGGAUGAGUCGAAAAAUAAAACACAUGACUGGAGCAAAGUUUUGCACAACGCGAUUCAAAAUUCAACGAUAAAUCCCGCGGUGAAAAAACGUCUCAAGCGGCAACUGGUCUUGUCUUCCCCAUUGCAAGAGGCUCUGAAUGCUGAAGACGACGCUGAAGACGCGGCAGUUGAAGAAGAAGACUUGAAUCCUGACGGAAUCGCCGAAGACCGGGGUUCAGUAAAUGAGUCGACGUUAAACGACCGCAGCAAUUCCGAAUUCUGGAGCUCCUUCAGCAGCUCCGAGGAACGUUUACUAGACUGCAAAGGACUGAUCCUAAAUCUCCCCUUGACUCCCCAUCAUUUCUGUUCUCCAAAAUACGAGAGCCAGCACUCAGCAGCGUCGAUGGCUAACGCCGUUACCUAUCGCGUUCCCAUUGACGGCUACUACUUUUUCGUCUUCAACUCUGAAAACGAAGUGCAGUCUAAUUACAUUCGCAUACAAUUUGAUUUGCUGAAGACGGCCUACAAUACUUCCCAGCCGAUUUUCGAGUGUAAAAAUUCGACUCAGGAGUGCGCGUUGCCGUUCAAUUUCUUCAGUUGGGAACGGACCGUUUUGGAACUUCCCGUUACGAGCAAUGAUUCUCAGUGGAAUGAAGAAUACGUCGUCGUAUCUCAGUGCGAGCCACGUACUGCUAUCUAUCUUGUUUGCAUGAUAACAGUACCACUACUUAUUCUUUUAUUUGCAUUUCAUUAAUUCUAUAAAUAACUAAAAAAAAAAAAAAAAAAAAAAAAAAAAAAAAUUCUUGGAGUCAGAUGAAAAACGGGGAAAAGUUUACAACAAAAGACUAGAUAUCAGUAUUUUACUCUCAUUUUGUUAUCAAUACCUCAAAGGCGCGUGAUAAUUAAUAUUGUAAAUAAAUAAUGAUAAUAAUAUUAAUAAUAAUAAUAAUGAUAGUGAUAAUGUACCUGUAAGACUGUUAAGCUGUGUUAAGUUUAUUGUUUUUGAUUCUUAAAAAAAUAAUAAUGAUAAGAAGAAUAAGGAGAAGAAUUAAUUGUUACGGUAUUUUAAAUUCACAGGAAUCACUUAAGCAAAAGUUGUGAUUUCUUAAUUCAUAAAUCUUAAUUACUUAAAUUUAAUAACCUUUUUUAAGUAUCAAGGAUAACAGUUUUUGUGUUUAAUUAAUAUCCGUGCUGGAGGUGAAUCCGUUUCGUUUAAUCCAUAAUAUUUAUAUUUCGCUGGCAACGCUCAACCCCCGAACCACCAACUGAACUGUACUUCGCUUUACUACAGUAAUAAUAACAACUGUAGACCCUACAGAUACAUUUGACCUCCUGAUACUGUAUAUAUAUUAUACACCAAUGCAAUAAUCACGUCGUAUAUAUAUGUAUAUAUAUAUAUAUAUAUAUAUAUAUAUAUAUAUAUAUAUAUAUAUAUAUAUAGAUGUAGAUGUAGUUAUUACUGUAGAUGUAGGUCCAUAGCAAGUGAAAGAUCGAAGGGCGGAGCAUCCCU